GAACUCGUGCCAUUGUAGUGACUCAUCUCGGGCAGAGCGCAGGGGCUCGGAGCGAGACAGCGAGCGGCGCUCGGCAGGGACAGAGAGAGAGCGCAAGAAAGAGGGGGAGAAAGAGGGGAGGGCGAAGCGAGGCGAGACGCGCGAGGCUGGCUCGUCCCGGAGCCGGCACGGGGUGCAGGUCACUGCGACGCGGAGCCACGUCCCUCUCAGCACCGCUCAGCCUGGAACCCCACGGGCGCUGUCCCACCGGCGCGAUCAGGGCCGCUGAACCGGCGCUCGUCGCCUUGUCCUAAGUCAAGUGUCCGAGUCGCCGGGAAACUCAGGCGGCGAGUUGGCCACAGGAAGUUUAUUCUCGGGCUCCUUUUCUAAAAGGAGGAAACAGAAGUUUCUCCCAACCGGCAGCUUUUCUUUUUCGCCCUUUUGGCGCCCUGGGAGAUUGGAGAGGGAGUCCCCCAGAGCUGCCAAGCGACACCCUCGGGGCUCCUAGUCUUUUCGCGUUGCCCAUUUUUCUCCAGCCCGUGGGUCCCGGCAGAGCUCCGGCUGCGCGCGGGGGCGGAAGGGCGCGCGCAGGGGAGGGACCGAGGGACGCUCCGACUUUUUAGAGGGAGGGACCGGGUGGACAACCGGUUCCGCGGAGCUCGCAGAACAGAAAAGAAGUGCAGUGCGAGGCGAUCGGGGGUCAUUUCCCGAGUGUCGCUGCCUCCUGUCUGCCUGGGUUGGGGGACAGCCUGGGAGCGAAAAGCCCAGCCCGCGGCCGGGCCGGUGGACCAGCGAGCGCGCAGCAGACUGUGCGCGGCCGCGGCGAGGGCGGGGAAGAAAACCACCCUGUUUCCUCUCCGGCCCCCACCGCGGAUCAUGUACCAGGAUUAUCCCGGGAACUUUGACACCUCGUCCCGGGGCAGCAGCGGCUCUCCUGCGCACGCCGAGUCCUACUCCAGCGGUGGCGGCGGCCAGCAGAAGUUCCGGGUAGAUAUGCCUGGCUCGGGCAGUGCCUUCAUCCCCACAAUCAACGCCAUCACCACCAGCCAGGACUUGCAGUGGAUGGUACAGCCCACAGUGAUCACCUCCAUGUCCAAUCCCUAUCCACGCUCACAUCCCUACAGUCCCCUGCCAGGCCUGGCUUCGGUCCCUGGUCACAUGGCUCUCCCAAGACCUGGAGUGAUCAAGACCAUUGGUACCACCGUGGGCCGCAGAAGGAGAGAUGAGCAGCUGUCUCCUGAAGAGGAGGAGAAGCGUCGAAUCCGGAGGGAGAGAAACAAGCUGGCUGCAGCCAAGUGUCGGAACCGUCGCCGUGAACUGACAGAGAAGCUGCAGGCGGAGACAGAGGAGCUGGAGGAGGAGAAGUCUGGGCUGCAGAAAGAGAUUGCUGAGCUGCAAAAGGAGAAGGAGAAGCUGGAGUUCAUGCUGGUAGCUCACGGCCCUGUGUGCAAAAUCAGCCCCGAAGAACGCCGAUCGCCCCCCACCUCCGGGCUGCAGUCCUUGCGUGGUACGGGCAGUGCCGUUGGCGUUGGCCCCGUCGUGGUGAAGCAGGAGCCUCCCGAAGAGGACAGCCCCUCUUCCUCAGCAGGGAUGGACAAGACCCAGCGCUCUGUCAUCAAGCCCAUCAGCAUCGCCGGGGGUGGCUUCUACGGGGAAGAGCCUCUGCACACCCCCAUCGUGGUGACCUCCACGCCUGCCAUCACUCCGGGCACUUCAAACCUUGUCUUCACCUACCCCAAUGUUCUGGAGCAGGAGUCACCUGCGUCGCCCUCAGAGUCCUGCUCCAAGGCUCACCGCAGAAGCAGUAGCAGUGGGGACCAGUCAUCAGACUCCUUGAACUCCCCCACACUGCUGGCCCUGUAACCCUGUGCUCCUCGGGCCAGCUCUGGAGGAGUCCUCAUCCAUCAUUACCACACCCUUCCCAGGGACCAGCACCUUUAAGCACUCCAGGGCCCUAAGGGCAAAAAGGGCUCCUGGCUUUGGGGACCCACCCAAUGGGACUUAGUGGUGAGACACUGGUUGAUCUCUUAGAAGCCCUGGGAUACCCGGCUCCCUCAUUCAUCUUGAAGCGAAUCCUCUUUCUUGAGAAGCCUCAGAGAACAUUGUGGAUGCGCACUCGCGCGCGUCUUCCCAGCUUCUGAAGCCCCGCCCCCUGGAGCUGGCCCGGAUGGUUCCUGUCCCUUUGUUAUUCGUUGUCUCUGGAGUGACAGUGUCCUUUCCUGCCCCACCAAGCAUGCUCAGUGCCUUUUGGUUCCCCUCCUCCCCCUAGUAUCAGUUUUGCUCCCUCUGGGUUUUUGCCAUGACAUUUCAUCUGGGUGGUCCAGAUAGUAAAGCGCUUUUAUUUCUGGAGCUGGGAAAGCAGAUGACUCUUCCACUGGGGCGGACGUGUCCCGAAGGGGCAGUCAAAGUGCAAUAUUAUUGAACCUUCCCUCCCUACACACCCAGUGCGCUGUGAUUACAGACCGUGGGUUCCCUGAGUUCUGCUGGCGAUGCUGCCGUCACUGGGAUGCGCCAAGGACCUCCCCUCCCCAGUCUCGGAGGUGCACAUCUCUUUGAGGAUCGGCUUGGCCAGAAGACAGGGUGUGAGUGCGACAACCGGGGCACAGGUUGGGUUUGCCAAACGUCUAAUUACCAAGCCAGGAUUUGUGCCAACAAAGCCACAUGGCUGUCCUAGUGAGCUUCCCUUCACCUGUCUUGGGCUGGGCGUCUCUUUAAUUACUGCCUCACCGCUGCCCGUUCUGCCCCUGGACCCUUCUCUCUAGACUUGGGAAGCACUCCUUCCUAGAAGCCACACAUCACUCCAAGGCCCGGCUGGGCGCUGCUCAUCCCCAACUCUCAUGGUGACACCACCCGUGGAUAUUUAAUGUAUGGGAUGUGGGGUCUGCGCUUAGAGAUGGUUUCUGGCAGCAGCAGCAGCCCCAGUUACCUAGCCUUCCCCCGCCUGCUCUCCUAUCAGUGAGGUGCAGGACCCCACCCUCUGCUCUCAGUGGUCUCUGCUGCUGCUGAAUCCAGUGGGUUUCCUUUCAUACUUCCCUGGCCCACUCCAGAAUGACCCCCAGACCCAGCAUACCUGCCGGGAGUCGUUGGUCUCCGCCAGUCUUGCUAGGGCUUUGAGUGUCUAUGCGGUUCCCAUCAAAGCUAGUGUGUGUUCCUCUCCACUGCAGAACCAUCGCUCUCAUGGCUGUCCUGGCCUCCAGCUAGGGCACAGCCCUGCCCUCUACCUUUCUCUCCCUUUGUCCCCACUGCUUGUUGACACAAGUAUGGAAGUGGAGUCUGGUCAGAACUGGUUUCUAGUGCUAAUGUUCUGACUAGUAUUUAUGCUCGGGAUCACCAUCCACCCGUCUAAAGCCCUGUUACUCCCUGUUACUCGUGUCAAGCUUAAUGGUAAAAUCCCCACUUUUGAGAGAGAAGGAACACCUUCACAGACCAAUGCCCUUCUCACCCUAAAUUCACAUGUCCCCAUAAAUACUUACAUGCAUGCAGAACACACAGGACCCGGGAGCCACGUGGGGAGCAGAGCUGAAAAGCAGAGCUUGGCUUGGUAGGGAGGGAGCAGAAAGGAGGUGAUUUCGAUGUGUUCUUUCCCGUAAGCCUUGGCUCUAACUCUGCUGUUCUAGUCUCCCAGAGCCUCUGGGGCAGGGGAGUGCUCCAUGAGGUGGUUUGAUGGCCUCAGAGCCCUAGAAGCAGAAGCCAGUGGAGCUGGGACUGGAGGAGUUGGGUACAUACCCUGGGCAAUCUCAGGUGUGAAGUUUUAUCAUCUCAAGCCAAGUGGGAGCUCUCUCCCUCAGGCCUGUGGGUUAUUUCUGAAGUGAAGCUGCUGCCUGACCUUUUUUUCCCAAAGCCCCUUUCUGCCCACAGCAGGAUCCCAAGCCAGGCCACAGGCCUAUGACUUGGUGCCCUGGUUGGACACUCCAAGUCUGGCUUGCAGUUCAGAUUUCAUCUGUGUUGACAUCAAGGGCCAGAGAGCACAGCCAGCUAACGAGGCCUCUGAGGUCACCUUCCCUUCCGACCUGCUUACUUUGUUCCACAAGACUUUUUGGCUUUUCCAAAGACAGAAAUUUCUGGGGGGGAAGCCGAAUAUUUCUACCUAAACUGUGGAUGUGACCUCAGUUCGCUUUCUUCUGGCUCACUGUCCAAGUUGGGUCACAUACAUGUUACUCAUGCAUGCCUGCGCUCCAGAAUCAGGUGCCUGGCUUGCUGUCCUUCCCUGCCUCCAGGUCAGGGAGCAGCUGCAGUGGGGGUGGGGGAGAUGGGUGCUUUGUGCUCAUGGACACACACGCUCCCCAUGUGUCCUCAGCUGUCAUGGACUUGGGCUGGACUGUGAGCAGCUCUGGGUUAGUACAGGGCAGGCAGUCCUUAAUCAGUUAGCAUCACACAGUCAUGGCCGCCAGGCUUCUGUGGGAACAGUCCUUCUCUGGCUAGCUAGCUAGGCACAGCUAUGGCACUGCAAAGAGUAGAGCCCAGGUGAAGCUUAGGAAAUUUUGGGAGCUAACACCAAGCAACUGGUUCCCUGAGGGAAGGUUUUGGGGAGCUCAGACUGCUGCUUUCAUAGGCUAAGUGUGCCCAUGCUGGCCAGUCAUGGGAGCAUUUCAAAGCCAACAGUAAGCAGAACCUGGAGCUUUCUCUGUCUGCAUCCACUUAACUCCCAGUGGAAGAGGGGCCGGCACAUCUGAAGCAUCUGGAUUCAUUUCCCCCCACUUUUCUGAGAGACCAAAAGUGUUCCUUGAGAUGUCACCAUUUAUCUUUCACAGUGACUUCCUUCCCUGAGUAGACAUUUCAUGUGGCCUCAUUGGGGAGGAAAAGAAUAAGUACCUACUAUGUGCUGGGCACUAUGAGGCACUUUUAUAUUUAUCCUCUUUUAAGAUAGGACUAAGGGUUCAUCUCCUAGAAGGUCCCCAAGUAGUGACUAAACAAAAACACUUGGGGAUGAGAGAGGUUUCUUCCGAGACUCCCAGGUGGGAGUGCCUCUGGUCUGGUGGUCCUCAAAGACUCAUCCUCAGCACACCUGCCCAUCCCAGGCUCCUCCCCUCAGACUCCUCCUACCUGGCUUGUGCUCCUCAGGUGGCUGAAGGGGCCACCUUAGUUCUCAUAGAAUUUGUGGACCAAUAGGAUAUGUGUUGUGUAUGACUUUCUUUUUAAACUAUGAGUAAAAGGUCUUGCAGCGUGUGCUUGUGUUAUCUUAGCAUUUAUCUUCAAGCCAGCAUCUCACUAUUUAUUGACGGGGUGUGUGUGUGUGUGUUUCUGCAUGUGCAUGUGUGUGCACACAUAUGUGUUUGUGUGUGUUCAUGUGUGUGCACAUGUGUGCGCAUGUGGGUGUGUGUGUUCAUGCGUGUGCAUGCUUGUGUCUUCCUGCAGCUUUUUCUUUUUUAAAACGAUCAUCCUACUGCUAAGUCAGUGUCUCCUCUUGCUUCUAGUGUUUUGGCCACGCCUCACCAAAUGUCUGUAACGAUCCAGCACUCACAACAUGUGCAGGAGGAGCUGGGUCAGAUUUUGACAGAGGGUAUGGGAAGGGAAAGGGGAGAAGAAAUUGACAUUUAUUUUAUUAUUUAUUUUAAAUGUUUACAUUUCUUUGUGUUGUUCCAAGCCUGAAUAGAAGCAGAUGGCAUUAAAGUACUCAGUUCCUACCCCCGUCUCCGGCUCUCUCUCCCCCACUUGUUCUAACUUAGGAUAACGAUCUCUUAUUUUGUUUGUUUCUCAAGUGAUUUGUGGACUUGUGCUGUAUAAACUGUAUUUAAAAGGUUCUGUUUUUAAAGAUCGAUUGUCAUUCCUGUGGGGACAGUGGCUACUGAGAAAUCUACAUUGUAAGAGAAGACAGUGAAAGACCCUGGCCCUGUCUCUCAAAACUUAACUUUCUCUGUAUGAUUUUUUAAAAAAAUAUUCCAUUUAUUUUACUUUGUGGUUACUUGAUUUUGAGGAAGAAAAUAUUCAACUUUGUAUAAAGACUAGGUAUCAGGGUUUCUUUUGCAGUGGGAGGUGUAUAUAUCGUAUUUUGGCAUAUAGUAGAAACUCAAGCUUUAUGCAUCUGUAUUUGGGAUAUGUCAAUGAUGUGGAGUGAAAUUUGCUAUUAGACCCUGGAGGCAAAUGGGUCGUAUAAGGUUUUAUGGCUCCGUCGGGAAUUUUAAUUUCCUUUCUGGGCACCUUUUGUCCCCUAUUUUUAAAGUAACGGUGAAACGGCCCUGGGAGGGUCGCUCUCGUUGAACUCUCCAGGCAGGACCGUAUGCCCAAAAAUCUUUGUACAGUUUUAAAUUUUUGAGGAGUGUCUCUGCUCGGAAGCGUCUGUGGUGGUGCCGUGUUGUUCUGUGUACUGUAUGUGACACAAGCCUACAGUAUUUGCACUAAGAAAAGCUUGUUAGGAGCUUGCUGCUAUGGAGGAAAGAACAGAUUAAAAUUUAUUUUCCCUCGGGGUUUGUUCUUGUUUUAUGUUUUUGUUGUUGUUUUGUUAGCUUUCCUACUUCCACUGAGUAGCAUUUUGUAGAAUAAAAUGAAUUAAGAUCAAA